AUGUCUGAACAAGUCAUUCAUCCAAGCAAAUAUAGUGAAUUGCGAAAUAUAUAUAAAUACUACAUUGAUUCAUAUAUUAAGUUAUAUCAGCUGAAAACGGAAAAUGAAGAAGAAUUAAACUCGAUUUACAAAAUGAUCAAAACAGAAUUGAUUGAUUCAAAGAAACAUCUCCCUCAAAAUAUUGUAAGAGAUAUUUUAAAUAUUAUUCCAUAUAAUAAUCGCUAUAUAAAGUCAUAUUUGAUUCUUGCCAAACUCAUAUCUGAUGAUUAUCAUGUCAAAGAGGUCCACAGUGUGGAAAGUAUUUCCAACUACAUGUUUUAUAAAGAAUAUGGAAUUAAAUUAAACAUAUGUGAUAAUUUCGAAAAAAUCAAAACUGAAAAUUUAGAUAUUCUUUCAGAAAAUACAAUUUACCGAGCAAUCAUGAAAAAUGACAAAGAAAAAUUCAUUGCUUUCACGGAAUUGGAAGGAUUCGAUCACAAUCAAAGACGUAAUCACGAUUUAUAUCCAGUUUGUUCUUAUUAUGAAGGAUAUUCAUUACUUGAAUUAUGUUGUUACCAUGGAGCUGCUGAUUGUUUCAAGUUAUUAAGAUCGAAAUUCAACUCAGAAAUAACUCAAUCAUGUCUAGAUCUUUCAUUUUUAGGAGGAAAUAAAGAGAUAAUGAGUGAAUGUUUAAAAUAUCAAAAGCCCUAUGAAAAAUGCAUGGAAUAUGCAAUAACUUCACACAACAUUGAUUUUGUCACAUUCUUGAUGAAUGAGUACAAUAUAAAGAUUGAUUUAUAUUUUUGCGGAAAAUAUAAAAAUCUUGAAUCAUUUUUAGUUUAUUACGAUCAAACUAAUGAUGUUAACAUAAGUUUUCCUUAUUCAGCAAUGUUUGAUAUUCCACCCCUUUGUGAAUACUUCCUUUCACUUGGUGCCUAUAUCAAUGAAACAAAUAAAUAUGGAAAAGCUGCUCUUCAUUUUGCUGCAGAAUUUAAUAGUAAAGAUAUUGCUGAACUUCUUAUUUCAUAUGGUGCAAAUAUACAUGAAAAAGAUAAAGAUGAAAAAAUCGCUCUUCAUUAUGCUGCAAAAUUUAAUAGUAAAGAAGUUGCUGAAGUUCUUAUUUCAUAUGGCACAAUUAUAAAUGAGAAAGAUUACAUUGGAAAAACCGCACUUCAUUAUGCUGCAAAAUUUAAUAGUAAAGAAAUUGCUGAACUUCUUAUUUCACAUGGUAUAAAUAUCAAUGAAAAAAAUGAAAAUGUAAAAACCGCUCUUCAUUAUGCCACAGAAUAUGAUAGUAAAGAAAUUGCUGAACUUCUUAUUUCUCAUGGUGCAAAUAUACAUGAAAAAGAUAAAGAUGGAAAAACUGCCCUUCAUUAUGCUGCAGAAUUUAAUAGUAAAGAAAUUGCUGAACUUCUUAUUUCAUAUGGUGCAAAUAUCAAUGAAAAAGAUAAAUAUGGAAUGGCUGCUCUUCAAUAUGCUGCAGAAUAUAAUCUUAAAGAAAUUGCUAAACUUCUUAUCUCACAUGGUGCAAAUAUCAAUGAAAAAGAUCAUGAAGGAAAGAACACCCUUCAAUAUACAACAAAAUCUAAUAUAUAA